UAAUAAGGUAUUAUGAGAUCUUUAAGAUACGAUGGUGGCUGACCAUUAAGAGCUUUGUAGAUGAGGAGAAGGACUUUAAAUCCUCAAAUAAACUAUUAUUAUUUAGAAAGUCACACAAGUGACUGGCGACUGCUUUCUCAAGGAUCUUAGAGAGAAAGGGAAGGUUGGAUACAGGUCUGUAGUUGGCUGAAACACCUGAAUCAAGAGUCGCUUUUUAAGAAGCGGUUUAAUUAAAGCUACUUUAAAGGAUUGUGGGAUAUAAUCUGUUAAUAAACACAGUAAAAUAUUUGGAAUUUUAUAAAAACGCCCACUUUCCCCUCUAAAUUCCUACUUUUGGCUUUUAAAACAUAAAAUCAGGAAGAAACUCUACAAGCUGCUCUCUAAGUAGGUGUGCGCAUGUGCGAAACCCUGAGGGAGGAUUGCUAUCUCUGCGCGAGUUGCUCUUUGGUUGUUUGUCAGCUGUUACACACCGAGCUCGUUACAAAAGCUUAAAUGUAAAAGCACCGUUUAACGUCAAACGUUAAAACGGCGCAGUUUCAUACAAACCGCCGACAGGAAACGGGGUCUGUUGGUUUUAGCUAGUUAGCUGAGGUUAGCUAGCUCAGCGCGUUUACCGAACUGCACUUUGUACCGGAGAAAGUUCACGCAGAGGUCGUCGCGACAGCUCCGGGACGAUGGCGAACCCCCUGAGGGCCGAAGUGGUUCGACUCUAUAAGAACCUCCUCUACCUCGGACGAGAGUAUCCUAAAGGUGGCGACUACUUCAGGGACCGUCUGAGAGCGGCGUUCACUAAAAACAAGUCCGUGCGGGACCCGGAGCAGAUCCGGGAGAUGAUCGCUCGGGGGGAGUACGUGUCCAGAGAGCUGGAGGCGCUCUACUACCUGCGGAAAUACAGAGCCAUGAAGAAGCGCUACUACGAGGACUGAGAGGGACUCUGACGGCAGGACUCGGGAAAGCCGCCGUCACGUCCCGAUGUCCAAUUCAGAAAUGUUGACAAAAUGAGACAAAUGUAAGAGGAAGAAAUCUUCAUUUAUUAAACAGCAGACUGCAGCCGUCCUCAACACAAAACAAAAAGCAGCUCAAAGGUUUCAUCGUUUUAUUCCUGAAGAGUCGAUUCACGUCUGAGAGACGACGAUUAAAUAAAAGUGUGUAAAAAAAGAAAA